UUGAUAACUCAGUCUGCGUUGAGUUCUCUUGUGCCAGCGUUUGCAUUGCAAUAUUGUUUAAUAAGUGGUAUUUUUUGUUCAGUUGUAAAAAGUGUAUGUCCUCAAUUAAUAAAAGUUUAAUGCAAAUUUUAAGUCCAAGUUCAUGGUCACCAUUCCAUUCCGCGAAGUGCGAUUCGCUGUCACCGGACUGUCAUGUCGGUUGUCAUUGUCAUAUGUCAGUCGGUCGCUGGAUGACGUACGAUUUGAACGUGUGUUGUCCGCCAGCCCGCGAGCAAUUUGCAUGAAAUCGCGUUUAUUCAAUUACACAUUAUCAUAUAAGUGCCGUUUGGACGCUCAGGAGCACCGGGAGAUGCGUGACCACGGCCGGACACAGUGAUCAAAGACAACGAUUUAGUUUUUGUACAAAAAGUUAGCACUCCGCGCGGCUGUGCGGCGAUCCGAUUUGUUUUGAUAAAAUUGUUUUGUUUUCUGUGUGAAUUGAAAGAACUUUUGCAAUCAAAAUGAAGGUGCAGCACAGCAAAGACGAGACUUCGGACGACGAGUCCGGGCUGGGGUACCAAAAUACUUUGAUGUAUGGUCGCUACCAACGCGACCUAAGCGAAGCGGCCAGAGAAGAAGCGAGAAGACUCCGCAGAUUGCGCAAGAAGAGACGGAAAGACGACAAGCUCCGGCAGAAGGAGCUAGAAGCGACUGGCAAGCACCGGCCUAGGGGAAAGUUCUUUAAGGUCUUAGGUUAUGUCUGGAGACACACGUUCGCGCGGCUCGGCGAAGACUGGGUGUUCCUGGCGGCGCUGGGCAUCAUCAUGGCGUGCAUCAACUACGCCAUGGACAGGGGCAUCGCUAUAUGCAAUAAUGCUCGGAUGUGGAUGUACAGGGACCUGGCCACGUCGACCUUCAGCCAGUACGUGGCGUGGGUGUCGCUCCCGGUGUGCCUCAUACUCUUCGCGGCGGGCUUCGUGCAUAUCGUCGCUGCGCAGAGCAUUGGAUCGGGUAUCCCAGAGAUGAAGACCAUACUGCGAGGGGUGCAUCUAAAAGAGUACCUAACAUACCGUGCUCUAAUAUCGAAGAUCGUCGGGCUGACUGCUACGCUAGGGUCUGGUCUACCCCUGGGAAAAGAGGGUCCAUCAGUGCACAUCGCUUCCAUGGUAGCAACCCUACUAUCGAAGCUGGUGACCACCUUCCAAGGCAUCUACGCCAACGAGUCCAGGACUACAGAGAUGCUGGCUGCUGCCUGCGCUGUGGGAGUGGCUUCUUGCUUCGCGGCGCCUGUCGGAGGUGUCCUGUUUUCCAUUGAAGUCACAACAACGUACUUCGCAGUGAGGAACUACUGGAGAGGUUUCUUCGCGGCGUGUUGCAGUGCUAUUAUGUUCCGUCUGCUGUCGGUGUGGGCGGGGCAGAUGCCGACGGUGAAGCCACUGUUCCCCACCAACCUGCCGCAGGACUUCCCAUUUGACCCCCAGGAGUUUGCCGUCUUCGUGCUGCUCGGUAUCGUGUGCGGUCUUCUGGCAGCGCUGUGGGUGUGGCUGCACCGGCAAUACGUGCUGUUCAUGCGGAAUACGCCCACACUAAGCAACUUUCUGCAGAAGAACCGGUUCAUCUACCCGGGCUUCAUGACGCUGGUGGUGAUGUCCAUCCUGUUCCCGCCGGGCAUCGGCAAGUACAUGGCGGCCGACCUCGGCAACCAGGAGCAGGUGCUGUCUCUAUUUGCCAACUUCACGUGGGGCGACGAUCUAUCGGCGGCGCAAGCGGCAGUUGUGGCUCACUGGCGAACACCCGAGCUCGGCUACUAUGGAUGCCUCGUUGUUUACUUCCUCUCUGUCUUCUUCCUGAGCAUGGUAUCGUGCACGCUGCCAGUGCCGGCCGGCAUAUUCGUGCCCGCCUUCAAGAUGGGCGCGGCGCUGGGCCGGCUGACGGGCGAGCUCAUGCACUACUUCUGUCCGCUAGGGGUCGCCUACGGAGGGCACAUACAGAAGAUCCUGCCUGGAGGGUACGCGACAGUCGGCGCGGCGGCGUUCACGGGCGCCGUCACUCAUACUGUAUCCACCAUCGUCAUCGUCAGCGAGAUGACGGGGCAGGUCACCCACUUGCUGCCUAUCAUGGCGGCGGUUCUGUCAGCUAACGCGGUGGCGGCGCUACUGCAGCCGUCCUGCUUCGACAGCAUCAUCCUCAUCAAGAAGCUGCCCUACCUGCCCGACCUGCUGUCCUCGGCCAGCCGCAUGUACGACAUCUGUGUGGAAGAUUUCAUGGUGCGUGACGUGAAGUACAUCUGGAACCGCAUGACCUUCCAGCAGUUAAAGGACCUGCUCAAAGAGAACAAGACAAUCAAGAGCUUCCCCUUAGUGGACAGCCCAGCAUCAAUGGUACUCCUCGGCUCCAUCCACCGCUGGGAGCUGGUUAAAGUGAUCGAGCGGCAGGUGGGCCGCGAGCGCAGGCUGCAGGUCGCCGCGCUCUGGCUGCGGGAGGCCGAGCUCCGGAGGAGGGAUGAAGAGGCUUCUAGGAGGGGCAGGAGACCUUCCAGGUUUGAGGUGACGCCGGCGCCCGACAUGCUGCAAGUACCAGGCUCCGGCAUGACGCGCGGCUCGUCGCUCACCACGCAGGACCAGGGCGGACUUAUACCAGCACCAGGCCAGCUGUUCCGUCCGAAGUCGAUCCUCAAGAAGACGAACUCCUUUACGUUAUCCCGCGGACUGGGCUCGCCUGCCGCUCUCACGCCCACCUCGCCACAACCUUCAGUCUACACCACCGUCACCGGAGCGGAAACCAGGAUCCGCGCAGCCUUCGAAGCCAUCUUCAAGCGGUCGUCGAUGCUACAAGACGUGGAGGGCGGGCUCACGCCGCUCCCUCGUAGUCCCUCCAUCAACAAGAAGGUGCAGCUGCCGCGUGAGCGCGUGUGUGACAUGUCUCCGGAGGACCAGAAGGCGUGGCAGCAGCUGGAGAUGGCCAAGGAGGUGGACUUCGACAAAAUGCUCCAUCUGGCGCGCAAGAGAGACCUGCGCAUGGACGACUGCGAUUAUGAGGACGAGAGCCUGUACAUCUGCCACAUCGACCCUGCUCCAUUCCAGCUCGUCGAGCGCACCUCCUUGCUCAAGGUCCACUCUCUAUUUUCGACGCUGGGCGUGAGUCGCGCGUACGUGACAGCUAUAGGUCGACUCAUAGGCGUCGUUUCACUGAAAGAGCUCCGCAAAGCGAUCGAAGACGUCAACUCGGGUGUACUAACACUAGCCACCCGCCCAGAACCGCCCACCACGCCCGCCCCAGCCGUCAUCCGCGUGCCCGCCGCCCAGCCCGCGCCGCCCACAGAUUCCGAGACAGCCAAGCUUACCGUCGCAGGGGACAACUGAACAGGACAAUUGAACAGGAAGGACAUGAAUAGAAAGGACAGUUGAACAGUAAGGACAAUUGAAAAGGAUGGGCAUAUGAACAGAAGGACAGUUGAACAGAAAGGACAUAUGAACAGUGAGGACGAUUGAACAGGAAAGGCAUAUGAACAGUGAGGACGAUUGAACAGGAAAGGCAUAUGAACAGAGAAGAGCGAUUGAUCAGUAAAGGUUUUAAACUUUCGCGUUCCAUUUCAACUAAAAUAGAGUAACAUGGCUGCAAUCCUGCAGCCGAAAUAUCGAGCUGUGAGUACAUUAUGUAACUCAUAUUAAAAUGUCGCGUUAAGGCCCAUUUUUCUCUAUUUU